UCCCGCGUAGAGCGGCGGCGCUACCAACCAAUGGCGAUGCAAUCGGCCGGCCCUGGUGUCAAGAGGGUGAAACAAACGGCGCCGCAUAUCCACGAAGAGGCGCCGCCCGGAGCGAAGGAAGAGGACGACGAAGAGUCGCUGGACCGCAUUAGCCGCCUCCCGGAUGACAUUCUUGGUGAGAUCGUCUCGCUCCUCCCCACCAAGGAGGGUGCCCGCACCCAAACCCUCGCGUCUCGAUGGAGUCAUCUAUGGCGCACUGCCCCUCUCAAUCUUGAUUGUCGCGAUCUCCCUGCCGACGACGAUGGUAUUCUCCUCGGAGCCUUCCUCUCCGCCCAUGAGGGCCCGGUUCAUCGCUUGUGCCUGCCCUCGCGCCACCUCCGGGACCGAGCCGCUGCCGUGGAUGGCUGGCUCCGAUCCCCCACCCUUGACAAUCUCCAGGCGCUCGAGUUCUACCUAGAUACACCAGUAAGAUAUGGAAGCUUUAUGCAUUCGCCACCCGCGUCCAUCUUCCGGUUCUCGUCCACUCUCCGCGCCGCCACCAUCGCCCAGUGCCAUAUCCCUGACAAUGCUGUCGAAAUGCUUCGAUUUCCGCAGCUCCAGAAACUUGAACUUGUGGAGGCCAAAAUCUCAGAGGGCUCGCUGGCCAGCCUUAUCACCUCCGGCUGCCCUGCACUGGAAAGCUUGCUGCUUAAAACUUGUGGAAGUUUCCAUAUCCGUGGUCUCAGGAUCAACUCCCCUACCCUUAAAUUUAUAGGUGUUUUUUCCAUGUUUGUAGAACUCAUCAUUGAGGAUGCUCCUUCACUUGAAAGGUUGCUCCAUAUUAUACUUCAUGUGAAAAUGCGACUGACAGUAAUCUCCGCACCUAAAUUGGAGAUGUUGGGUUAUAUUUCUGAAUAUGCAGACUCCAAAAUGACGUUUGGCUCCACAUCUAUUCAGGAUUUGCGCAUUGAUAGUCUGACAACUGUGGUGCGUACUAUCAAGACCCUAGCUAUCCAUUCGAAUUUUAAUCUCCAUAUGGUUAUUGACUUGAUGAGAUGCUUUCCAUGCUUGGAGAAUUUGUAUAUGAAGAUUCCGAAAUCUACAGCAGGGGUAGCAAACUCGUGGCGUCGUAAACACCGGGAUUUUCUCACAUCUCAUGAUAUUCGCUUGAAGACGAUAUUUCUGGGAUAUUAUCAAGGCAUCCGGGCACAUGUCGACUUUGUCACAUUCUUUGUACUGAAUGCAAAAGCGCUAGAGUCCAUCAGACUCGAGGUUGGUUCCAGGGAUUACAAUGAGAGGUACUUCGCAGAACAACAUAGUGUGCUUCAGAUGGAGAAGAGGGAUUCUAGAGGUGCUCGACUUUGCUUCAAAACACCUUGUGACUAUGAUGCUCCACAUGUCAUGCAUGUCGGUGAUUUAGAUUCACCCGAUCCCUUCGCAUGUGGAUGUUGAUUGUUGAGAUGUGUGUUUGGCUGGCCAUGUGCGUAGUAUCCUUGCCUAUCUCAUUUUGUGUUCUGUCCAAACUUGAUUAAUUUUCAUUUUUGUAGUGUUUCUAAGAUUUGUCUUAUUCUAAGACGUUGUUAUAUUUAAACAAACCA